GCGACUUUAUGCUAAAUGCUCAUUGGUCCAUCGGAUUUAUGUUGUGCUUAUGUACAUACAUACUGUGGGCCUCGCACAUAAAAUGCAUAACAUAAUAUAAGCACAACAUUGGUUAUGGGCUCAGAAGAUAAUCCAAUACUUAUUUAAAAAAAUAGUGAGACGAAUUAGUCGUGUUUAACAAUGUUACACAAAAGGUCCUGUUCCUGUCGAAAUUCUUAAAUAAAAAGAAGAGAUACUGAAGAGACAAAAUGACUGAAUCGCAUCACCCUUCUAUUGCAAAAUUGAAAAGACGAGAAAACUAUUCAACAUGGAAGAUCGCCAUGGAAAGCUUACUGCAAUUGGACGGACUAUGGAAAGCGAUUCUAAAAAUUGAAACCAACGAAGAAAAGAUUACGAAGGCAAGAGCAAAAAUUAUUCUGAGCGUAAACAAGUCAAUUUUCGUGCACGUUUUGAAAGCGACAACGGCACAAGAAGCUUGGAAAAAUCUCCAAUCUGCAUUUAAAGAUUUGCACUUACGAGAAAGGAAUUGUGGCAAACCUGGUCACGCGGCAAAUAACUGCAGUGAGAAGAAGAAGGAAGAGAAGGACAACAAGCCUGAACAGAAGAAAAGAAGAAAAAUAAAAAUAGCUCCAAAGUGGCAUUUCUGACGACUACAUUUAUAGCUGAUGGCGGAUUGUACACCCAAGGACUUUGAUUCUGUCCAUGGGCACCGACGAGAGACUAUUAAAGACCGCUAACCUUACGGGAGUUUGUGUG